AUGACUGUUUCGCGCGUGCAAAACCUUCCUGGCAACUCCAUCUAUGCCCUGAUAUUCAUCGCGCAGAUUCUAGGUGCACUUCUUUUUGCCAAGGGUUUUUUUCCUCUCAACAAACCUGCCGAAGGCUAUGGCAUUCCCUUACACAACAAGGAUGGUACGCAUAGCAGCCCGGGGUUUGAUCGGUUGGUGUUCGUACUGAUCGAUGCUCUGCGAACAUUGGUACGGGAAGGGAAGGGAAUUCCAUUUACCGCCAAUGCACAGUCGCCAACAGUCACUCUGCCGAGAUUGAAAGCUAUGACCUCAGCUGAUGUCGUUCAUGCUCUAGGAGUAAAUCCGCAGUUCAUUGAUGCGGUUUGGAACAUCGAUGAUUCAUCCAAUGGAGGAGCUUUACUAGCACAUACUGAUACUUGGGUCCGUCAAGUGAUCUUUGGACCACAAUCGCAUUCAGAAAACAAUCGAACUCAAACGCGUGGCAAAAGAAGAGCAUUGUUCUUUGGAGAUGAUACGUGGCUCCGUUUGUUUCCCACAGAUUGGUUUGAAGACCAUGAUGGCGUAUCGAGUUUCUAUGUAACGGACACUGAAAUUGUUGACUACAAUGUCACUAGGCAUCUUGAUGAUGCACUAUCAGACAAUUCCAAGGUGGAUUGGGACGUCUUGAUGCUUCAUUACCUUGGCCUCGACCACGUAGGGCAUUUGGGUGGUGCACGCUCCCCGCUCAUGGGACCCAAGCAGAAUCAACUCGACAACGUCAUCUCGCGCCUCUAUGCUAAAAUCUCAAACGACUUCGUUAAGACAGGACUCAGGACUGUACUGGUCGUUGCGGGUGACCAUGGAAUGACAGAUGCUGGUAAUCACGGUGGCUCUUCAGACGGUGAAGUUUCUGCGGGGUUAUUAUUUGCUUCACCUUCUUUCAACUUACCGCGAUUGGAUGAUGCAGAGAAGAUCAAACCAGAGCGAGUGCAGCAAAUGGAUAUCGUACCCACCUUAUCAGUACUCUUCCAAGGUGGAAUACCACCAGCAAGCAUUGGGGUAGCAAUCGAAUCUGUUUUCGAGGCCACCUUUUCAUCUUCGUCUAAUGUCACGACUACUACGCUUCUCGUCGAAAGGGUUCUUCGUCAUAAUGCGAUACAGCUGGCCAAAAUAUUAGCUUUAUCCACAAACAUCAACUCUGUGUACAACAUGUUACCUAUCACCAAGCAAGAUGCGACACUUCCCGAACUCGAGCGUAUAUUGUCUGCGAUGAAUGUUCAUCAAAUCAGAUCGUUUCUUCGACAAGCCCAAGGAAGGCUUCUUGAACAAUUUUCAGGUCAUAAUUUCUACGAGAUGGUGACUGGUCUAUUGAUCCUACUGACACACGAGGCUUGGUUCUUCCUAGGAUCGACAUUACUCCUUGUCUUGGCCAUAUGGCCUACUCCUACCAAGCAAACCAGAAUGGAUACGAUUCCCAAGAGGAUUAGCUACGUCGCUGCAAGUGCGAUCAUUCGUAUCCUACGAGGCUGGUCGCAUAAUGGUCAAAAGGCGACACCCAAUCAUAGCAUGUCUCACCUCUUACGGAGCUCACCAUGGGCGUUGCAUAUAUUAGACUCUACCGGGUUUGUGAUAUUAUUGAUGCGCUUAAGACCUUACGAUAUUGAGGGUGUUGAAAAUUGCUUAGCCUACAUGGCGGUAAGCCUUGCCGGAUGCUUAACACUACUUCCAAGUGAUCAUCCAUACUUCAACGUUUUCGGGACCAAUAUGGAUCUGGCAUCACACGAUCACUUUCGAGCGAUUUAUAUUUUACUUCUCCUCAGCAUAAUCAUGGCAUUUUUGGGCUCAUCAAGGCGUCAAUCACAUCGCGUCUUUCGCCUAGCCUAUCUCGUCUUUUUUCGAUCAAUGACUAGGCCUGUUAAUUAUUUCCCGUUAUGGCUAGCGUUCUUUGUACCCGACUUGAUCAUUCCGUCACAAAUUGGAUGGCCAAAUCAUAAGAUUCUCAGCCAAUCCCACCCCCAGACAUCUACAGCUCUCGAAAGCUCGGACACUGAUGUGAUACGGUACGAAGCCCUUGUUUUGGCAUGGGUCCAAUUAGCCUUUACCAAAUGUACAUUCUUUGCAUUUGGUGGAUCAAAUUCCCUUGCAACGGUCGACCUUUCAAAUGCCUACAACGGUAUCACUUCUUAUUCAUUGCCGAUUGUGACCAUCCUCACCUUUCUUUCCAAUUUCGCAGGUCCUAUCUGUAUCUCACUUGGGUUCACAUCACUUAGAACCUAUGAACAGAAGCAAGGUUACUCAUUACAAGCGCAGAUGACUAGGGUUCAUUUGUCCGCUUAUCACUCCAUCUACCUAUUUAUCAUUUGUCUCAUUGGUACAGCUUUUUCUGAACACCUGUUUGUGUAUACAGUAUUCUCUCCCGCCGUGCUGUAUGGAUUUGUGUGGACCUUUUUUCAUUACUUCACUAUGUUCAUCGAUUACGCAUUUUUAUGA